AUGACGCUGCUGCCUAGCUUCUGGCCCGAACCUUCGUCAGAACAAGGAAGACCAAAACCGAGGAGGGAGAAGGAAGAUCUUUUAGAGAGAAGUGUAAAGAAAGCAAAAGAAAACAUCCAUGAAGAUAGCUCCAUGGACGACGAGAUGCUGGAAAAAAAUACCAUUGAGGAAACAGAAAAUUCUAAGCACCAAAAAGAGAACAACAAGAAACCCAGGAGCUCUGGAGGAACAGGAAGGAAAAUGGUCUCAUAUAAAGAUGUUGUCCUACAACUAAAUGGAGAGGGGAAUGACGUAUAUAGUGAUGAGGAAGACUUAAUGACAACCCUCAGAAGAGAGGAAGAAGAAGCAGAGGAAUUGGAGGAUGAAACCCCAGCGGAGCGAGCCAACCCUCUAUGCCCAGUCUACUAUCUCUCUGCAAGACAACACAGAGAAAACUGCAAGAAGUGGAGGAAAGCAAUCAUAGUGAAACUUAUGGGAAAGAAAAUUAGCAACCGGCUACUGAUUACAAGACUUAUGAGAAUAUGGAAUCUAGUGGGAAGAUUUGAAACCAUUGAUCUGGACAAUGUAUAUAUUCUCUUUAAAUUUAUGGAAGAUAAGGACUAUCACCAUGUCCUCCAUGAGGGCCUCUGGAUAAUCUUUGGGCAUUACGUGAUAGUUCAACGUUGGAGGCCCAUGUUUGACCCCUAUGAUGAGCAGGUGAAGAGAAUGGCAGUAAGGGUACACAUCCCUGGGCUUCCUCUAGAAAUCUAUACAUCCCAGCACUUAUGGAGAAUAGGCAAUCUGUUGGGUAGAACCCUAAAAGUAGAUCAAAAUUCCUUGAGGAAAAACGAAAGAUGA